UCACCCCUCCGUCAUCCGCCAUGACCGCCGCCGACGGAAGCGGCUCAAGUCGCCGGAGUUCCGCUGUCAAUUCGGCCUCGAAAGCCUCUUCAGUUCACUCAGCUCGGUUUCCCCUCUCGAUCUUCUUGCUCCUGUAUUUGGCCUCGCCAGCGCGACCGCCGCGGCUUAUCUCCACCGCUCUCAGCGCCCCCCCGCCGGCGUAUCUACUGUCGGGGAAUGGAUUCUAUUCAUGAGCCCGACGCCAUUCAACCGAUGUGUUCUGCUCCGGUGCCCCUCUGUUUCAUUUGAGGAUGACGGCGAGACUAGCGUGAGUGAGCGCCUGAUGAGGGAAGAGCGGCAUUAUGUUAAUCUUAGCCGGGGGAGGGUUCCAUUGAAGGAUGAAGAGGAUGUUGGGUUUGAGAAGGAUCUUAAAUUCCAGAGGGUUUGUGUGAGGACUGAUGAUGGUGGGGUGAUUUCUAUGGAUUGGCCGGAUUAUUUGGAUUUGGAGAGGGAGCAGGGGUUGGACACUACGGUAUUGAUCAUUCCUGGGACGCCGGAAGGGAGCAUGGAUUGGAAAGUGAGAUUGUUUGUUCUUGAUGUCGUCAGACAUGGCUGCUUUCCCAUUGUUAUGAAUCCUAGGGGCUGUGCAGGUUCAGCCUUGACAACUGCAAGGCUAUUUACUGCUGCUGAUAGCGAUGAUGUCUGCACAGCUGUACAGUUUGUCAAUGGGAUAAGGCCAUGGGCAACCUUAAUGGGUGUUGGCUGGGGAUACGGCGCAAACAUGCUGACAAAAUAUCUUGGUGAGAGUGGAGAAACAACUCCAGUUACUGCCGCUGUUUGCAUAGACACUCCUUUUGACUUGGAGGAAUCUACGAAGUCAUCACAUCAUCGAGUUGCCUUGAAUGACAAACUAACGAGUGGACUCAAAGAGAUUCUGCGAACAAAUAGGGAACUCUUCCAAGGCAAAACUAAAGGUUUUGAUAUUGCAAAAGCUCUAUCAGCUACAUCUGUUCGUGAUUUUGAUGGAGCAGUUUCAAUGAUUUCUUAUGGCUUUGAUUCUCUUGAGGACUUCUAUCGAACAUCAAGCACCAGAGAAUUAAUUGACAAUUUGAAGAUUCCAAUUCUAUUUAUACAGGGGGAUGAUGGAGCUGUACCACUUUUCUCUAUUCCACGUAAUUCCAUCACUGAUAAUCCAUUUACAAGCCUGCUUCUUUGUUCUUCUUCACAUUCAACUAUUAGAAGAGGGGACCGAUCUGCUCUUCUUUGGAGUCAACAACUUGCAAUUGAGUGGCUUUCAGCAGUGGAGCAUGCUCUUCUGAAGGGCCGUCAUCCCCUUCUAAAUGAUGUGGAUAUCACCAUUAAACCUUCUAACGGGCCUACAUUUGGAGCACGAGGGAAGUCUGUUUCUAGUUUUGAUCAUUCUCAGUUAUUGUUAAAGCAUAAUUAUGGAAAUAUGGAUUCUUUCAUGAAACUCAACCAUUCGGAGAAUGGAAAUGGUUUCCUUAUUCACCCACGGAACACUGAAUUUACUGGAGAUGGCGACACACUUUAUGAUAAUGCUGUAGGUCACAGGAAAUCAGAAAGCAAAUUUUAUGAGAAUGAGAGGUUUGAUGAAGGUGAAACAGAAGAUAGCCAAAUUGAGAAGCAUGGUACAACUCAAGAUGUUGCAAACCCUAUCAGCAGCGAAGCAGGUCAAGUCACGCAAACUGCAACUGUAAUAAUGAACAUGCUUGAUGUUACCAUGCCUGGAACUCUGGGUGAUGAGCAGAAGAAAAAGGUUUUGGGUGCCAUGGAACAAGGGGAAACAUUCAUGAAAGCUCUACAAGGGGCCGUACCAGAAGAUGUGCGUGGAAAGAUCACAACUUCAGUUGCUGAAAUUAUGCAAAGUCAAGAGCUCAAGUCAAAGAUUCGAAGAAAAUUCAAAGGCAGUUCACCAAAGGAAUUAGGUUUUGAGGAUGGCCUCUUAGAACAGAUAAAAGUUGGCAAGUCCAAUGUUGAUGGUUCUGAAGGAAACCUUGGUUCUUCUCAAGAGAAGGGCGCACCCCCUUCCAAAGGUGAUGUGUCUGAAGUAAACUCAGUUUCUUCUGAAGAGAAGGGUGCACGUUCUUCCAAUGGUGAUCGGUCUGAAGGAAACUCUGGUCCUUCUCAAGAGAAGAGUACAUGUUCUUCUGGAUCUAUUGAAGCUGGGUCAGAGAUGCAAGAAAAGGCGAGCCAGUCUAGCAAAUCUGAUCAAAUGGCUCAAGUGGCCAAUGAGGAAAAUAUUGAGAAGUCUGAUGCAUUUGAUAAGAACAGCUACCAAAAUCAAGUAAAGGGAACUGAUAAGAAUAAUGAAAAUGAUGAGGAGGUUGAUUCCUCGUCAAAAGCAAGCAUAUUGAGGUCAACUAAUUUAGAGGAUUCUUCAGCUGUCGAUUCUUCCAUGGAUCAAACUCCUGGGGAGGAGAAUGGAAGCCAGAAGAAUUCCUCAUCAUCAAGCUCAAAUAAUGUUGAGGAUUGUCCAUCAAGUGGUUCUUCUGUAAAUCAAAUGCCAGGGGAAGAGGAGGGAAACCAGAAUAAUGAUGAGAAUCCUACUGAGGAUGGUGCAAGUCAAAAUUCGAAGAUUUCCUCAGAGUCAGAACAACCUUCACAACAGCCUUCAUCUUCCAAUUCCAAUUCCAUUAGUGUUUCCCAGGCACUAAAUGCUUUAACAGAAAUUGAUGACUCCACACAAAUGGCUGUCAAUAGUGUGUUUGGGGUAAUAGAAAAUAUGAUUGACCAACUAGAAAAGAGCAACCAAGGCGGUGAUGCUGAAGUAAAAAAAGCUGAAGAUCAGAUAUCUACAAAGGGAUUUAAUGAUAGCUGCCUUAUAAAUGGAGAAAAAUGCAAUAAUUUUUCUAAUAUCAGUAACAGAUCAGCAAUGGAAUCAGGCUUGGGCCAACAAGCUUCUCAGCAUGAAAUUACUCUUAAUGAAAGCAGCUCGGAAUCUCAUGAAGAUGGAAAGGAUAAAUUAAGUCAUAGUAAGCUAAACUUUAGCCCUGAACCUUCAUCAGGUGAGAGCAUUAAGCAAUCUCAAGAUGAUCGUGAAGCAAGCCAUUUGAGCAGGACGAAGUUAAGAAAAGAUGGGGAUACUAUGGAUUUAACACUAGAUGCGGCUAUGAAAAGAUAUUGGCUAUCACCCUAUGCGCCAUACCUCCACAGUUAUUUUACACCAUUGCCAAGUCAGAGUUCAUUGGAUCUGGAAAAAGCAACAGAUCUGUUCCUCGAUCCAGAAGAAGGCCAGUGGAAGAUGAUAUAUCAGCCAUCAAGUUCCAAAAUCACAACCAGUCCGAAUGGAAAGGGCCAAAAUGUCUAUUUUGCAUCAGGUCGGAGGGAUGUGGCUGCUAUAGAGCCAUCCUAUGCGAUGGUUGAUGGUGAGUAUUUGAAAGUUAACAAUGAAUUAUUUCAAGAGAUUGAUAUAAAUGAUAUUGAACAGGAGGAUUCUACAAGAGAGAAGCUUUUUUUCUUGAUCAAAAAUAGCUUAUUUGAUAAUUUGAAAGUUGAAGUUCUUCGAAGAAUAAGGACACCUGAUUCAGAAGAACUUAACAGCCUUCUUAGAUCUGAUUUAGAAAACUUUACGGAUAAAGUAUCUCGGGUUGUUGUGUCCUGCAGUGACUUAAACCCCAAAGAAAAUAUUGGUGUUAAUUUAAUGAAGUUCGGUACAGUUGAAGGACAACAAACUGUUGAAAUCAUAUUGUCAGCAUUACAGGAUGCUAGCCUUUUGAGAAAAGUUGUUCCAUCUGGUGUUAUUGUAGGUUCUAGCUUGGCAUCUUUAAGAACAUACUUGCAGUUAGUUGCUUUACAUGAUUAUGCAAAAAAACCUAUUAGCAGACCUCUGAAUAAGCAGCAAAGGUCUUCUGCUAAUGGUAAUUAUUAUAUAAAAGAUGAUCUUUCUGUUACGAAGAAAAUUGAGAAAGCUGAGAAUGACCAACAUUUGGUUUCCACUAAGCCAAUCAGCCAAGUAAAUGAAAAGCUUGAGACAGUUGAUUCGACUAAUGGCUCCAUCAUGGUUGGGGCUGUGACAACUGCUUUGGGUGCAUCUGCUUUUUUGGCAAACCGUCAGAAGAAGCUUGAAGAAAGCAAUGAUACUGAAGAAACCACUGAUUGUUCUAUGGGAGGUCUCUUCAGUGACAACGAAUUUAUGGAAGUGAAAAACCAAAACAAUUUUGUUAGCAGUCUUGCUGAAAAAGCCAUGUCUAUUGCUGGUCCUGUAGUGCCUACAAAGAGUGAUGGGGAGGUGGACCAUGAAAGACUGGUUGCAGUCCUGGCAGAACUGGGACAAAAGGGUGGAAUACUGAGGUUAGUUGGGAAACUUGCUUUGCUUUGGGGUGGCAUACGUGGGGCUAUGAGCCUGACGGAUAGGCUGAUCACUUUCCUACAUAUUGCUGAACGUCCUUUGUUUCAUAGGGUUAUUGGAUUUGUUUGCAUGGUGCUUGUGCUUUGGUCUCCUGUGGUAAUACCUUUGCUGCCAUCACUACUACAAAGUUGGACAACACAAUAUCCAAAUAGGAUUGCUGAAUUUACUUGCAUUGUGGGUUUCUAUAUCGCUGCUAUGAUCCUUGUAACUUUGUGGGGAAAAAGAAUACGUGGAUAUGACAAUCCAAUCGAACAAUAUGGGCUGGACCUGACUUCGGUACCUAGGGUGUUUGAUUUUCUGAAGGGGUUGGUUGGAGGAAUUAUGAUAGUCUCAUCUAUUCAUUUAGUUAAUGCAUUACUUGGCUAUGUUUCUUUCACUCCGAUGACUGGACUAUCUUCGUCCUCAUCCCGUGCUGUUGUUUUGUUGAGAGCUUAUGGGAAUGGGCUGCUCCUCACGGUCCAAGGAAUUGUGUCUGCAACUUGUAUUUCUAUUGUAGAAGAAUUAUUAUUCAGGUCUUGGUUGGCCGAGGAGGUGGCUGCUGAUCUGGGAUAUUAUCCUGCUAUAAUGAUUUCUGGGAUCCUGUUUGCUCUAGUUCAAAGAUCGCUGCCUUCGAUGCCAGGAUUUCUGCUCAUGUCGAUAUUCCUCUUUGGGGUUAAGCAACGAGCUCGCGGCAAACUUGCAGCCAUCGUCGGCAUCCGCACGGGUUUAAUGGCCACCAAUUUUGUAAUACAGAACGCCAAUUUGUUAUCGUACCGGGCCAAAACCCCUCUUUGGUUUGCCAGCCCACAUCCAUGGCAUCCUUUUGACGGAGCUGUUGGACUAAGUUUGAUUGCCAUAUUGGCCAUCUUCUUCUUCCCAAAACCUUCUCAGAAGAACAUGAAUAGCACUAUUUCAGACUAGCAUACUUUCGACAUGCAAUUUUACAGGGGAGUUUUUCUGUAUAAAUUGGGUUUUAGUCAAUAAAAUUUCGGUAGGUUAUUGUAGGUGAAUAUUUGGAUGUAAUCAUGGGGGAUGCGACAGCGAGUGUGUACAGCAUAUUUUACAUUAAUUUUGGGGGGGCUUUUUGGUCAGAAAAAUGUAAUUAUGUAAUAAUUUGGGAGAUUUGUGUAAUGUGUUUAUUAUAAUAGGGAUUGUCAUGCAUGGCUUGAAAUUGAAUAGGUGUUUACUAUGUAAAUAUGCGGCUCUGGCUUAUCUUUUCAAACGUGCUUCUGCUCAGAUUUUGGUCCAGGCUGGUGUUGCAUGUCACAGCUUAUUAUUAAGGAAGAUUUACAUA